AUGGCAGAAAGUAAUUCUUCGCGCAACCUUGUUGGACUCUUCCAGAAGAAAAGCGAGAGACGAAAAGAAGACAACCCCAGUGUAGAUAAGAAAAAAAAGCACAAAAGGAGAUACUCUGUAAGACUCAUAAAGGCUUGGAAGUUCGAUAAGGUUGAAAGUGAAAUUGAUCCAAGUCGUACCGGCACCGAAGGUAACGGGGCGAGAAAUACCGUGGACACUAAAGCUUCAUAUGAAAAGGAAAAACCGAAGAAUACGCGCCGAAGGUUGCCGUUCGGAAAGCCAAGGGCCGUGGGACAAAAAGAGUUGAGUUCAUCCGAAGAUACAACAGAGGCCGUGGAAGAUGAGGAAGCUCCCCUUCAGUCAGCGCCGACGAAUGAACUGUGGAAAUCGAAUGAACACCAAAGUGAUUCAGAACAGAUUGAAAUAAGGGAGUUGGAAGACGAUGGAGAGGAAGAACUGAGUUGCCAGGGCGACACAGUGCCCGAAGUUCCUCCCGAAGAAGAAGUUAAAGAAGUAUUGCUAGAGAUGGUUGCAGAAAUCGGAGUUUCGUCACAAGACCUCAUCCCGGAUGUUGCAUCUGAGACGCAAAAAAAUGCGGGCAUCUCAACUCCUAAUACUUGCCCAGACGAAAACCCCGCGAUCGUCCCUAAUCCCGAGGAAGAGCCGAGUGGCUUCGAGGAUAAGAUAAGUCCGUUAAAAGAGCUAAUGUUUAAUGAAGAGCGAGCAAGUCAAGUUGAUGCAAUCUCCUCAAAGUUCCAUUGCGAAGUCUGCCUGUAUGUAUAUGAUUUUAGUAUCGGUAGUUUGAUUGGCGUGUGGAGUUUCGUCGUUGGGCUGGCUAGAGAUGCUACGAAACAGGUUUUCUUGUAUUUCAUUUCCUCUUUGAUCAAGCAGUACCCCCACUGUUUCAAAGUUCAACUAAAGAAAGGAAAACGCAGAAGCCAAACGGCAAAGCCGAAAAAGGUUACAUUCAGUGAAAUAAUUUAG